UACCUACAGUGUGCAAUGAUGAUGAUGAUGGAGCUGUACGAAUGCACGCUCGCGCUGGUGGGAAGACUCGAUGUUGGUUCGGGGUCUCGGAGAUGUACGCGGUAAACAGGUGUUAGUAGUGUUUAAUCGACAUUCUCUCGCACGUGUUUCGUCGAUCAUCGAGUCCGAAGUUGGUGCUUCGCUAUAUUUGCUCAUCGGCGACGUGAAUUUUUUUGCUUUUGAAAAAUCGGGAAAAAAUGCAACGAGAAAACGAUUUCGGUUCAGUGACGUUGGUAUUUUCAAUAAUUCGGUCUAAUGUUCGGUAUAACGAUAGAUGAUUUGAUUUCGGUAACGUGUAUUGUUGUGAGAUGAAUUGGUAGCGAGUUAAAAAGCUACAGACGUGAAAAUGAAUCGAUACUUCGAAGCUUAUCCUAGGGUCAGCGGUGGUAUGCUGACCUUACCUCCACCCCCGUUGACGGAGCCGGAUGCUACUUGGAAUUCGUAUAAUUCGGAACCGGCAGCUAGGCUUUUAGCCGAACGUAUCAAACCAGAACGUAACAGACAUGGGGUUAAUGUACAGAAAAUGCAAUGGAGACGAUCCCAUUGGGUGGAUGGAUUCCCCGAGUUGGUCAGUUCGAUGACCAUUGCCGACGUGAGUCCGAGAUUCGCCGUCAAAAGGAUCCUGAUCUUGUACGAAAAUGCCCAAUACAGAGAAGCUGCGAAUUUUAUAAAUCGUCUGAGCCAUGGAACCUUCAAAGCGAUUCUGGGACAACUUCCGAUCGAUGUUUUUAUCGAAGCUAUGCCUCAUAGCGUCUCCAUCUUGGAAGCUUUAUACGGCAAGGUUUUCCUUUCGUCAGACCUGUGCGUUAAAGUCCUUCGCCCUGACACGGUGCUGAUGCGAUUAGUGAAACUAUUCUCGGGCAGCACAGGUUGCGCCGAGAGAUGGUUGGCGAGCACGCGAAAGCUGCUCAAAGUAAUCGUGCUUUCGGAGCCGAAACUACGUAAAUCUUUAAUGGUCCGUCGACGUGCUUUGGAUAAAGCUGUCGAAGGUUUGGGACAACACGGUCUCGUAGGCACCAGCGACGAGACAUUGACGAAUCUGCACGAUGCUCUGAAGGUAGAAUUUCAAAAACUAAUCGAUACUUAUAAAACGGCUGUACAGAAACUAGAAGAGCUGAGCUUAUCGGGACGUGGCAAAGAUGGAGUCAGCAAAGGCCCAGCACCUGUGCAAGCGUCCCAUCAAAGGCAACUGUCGCUGAAGCAGAACGACAUACAAGAAAGACUCAUCAAAAAUAAGACUUUACUCAAUGUCGUCGAACCAGCAUUGGAGAAUAAAUCGCUGGCCAUUUUAUUGACCAUAUUGAAAAGGCGAGUGGAAUACGAUAAAGAUGCCUUGUUUCAGUUUACCCAGCUCCGAAAGGAACUAGAAGCUGAUGCCGAUCACGUAGUUGCACCUCUUCUCAUGAGAUAUUCUCAUGCGUGCGAGCAGGUGUUGGAACUGAUGAAAGAAGUUGCUGAAGAUGAAGAUUCGAGUGAUAUUUCCGGCUACCACUCGGACUCGGAUAGUGCCAUUAUGAUGUCUGGUAAUUCGCCUUACGUCAGUAAACGUGCCAGACAUAAUUUCUUAACGAGAUCAGUGAGAUCCAGCAGUAAUUGUAGCGCGAGAACAAGAUUAAUAUUAAGUACCGGCUCGAGUUCGGAGAGUCCACCGGAACAAAAUUCAACGACAGGUACGACUUGGGAUUGGUCAACGGAAAAGCCUCCGGAAAUAGAGGUUACCAACGUAUGCCCAAAUUGUGGUCCACAGUCGUCUUUAAUCAACCCUCAAAACAGCAGGGAGCUUAUAUCCCUUCAAGCUGAAUUGGAAACUACUAAAGCCGAACUGGAAAGAGCUAAAGCCAGGGUUGAAUCGUUGACUAAAUCUUUACAUCACGUGCCAAUGCAAAAAGAAUUAAGCGCUCCUCGAUUAGUGCGAUGCUAUGGGAACUUGUAUUCUCAAGGACGAGUGAAUGCUCUAGAAGCUUUGGAUGCGAUACCACAACUUCACGGAGCUUCUGAAUUGAAAUCUAAAAUUUUAUUCUCUAUCGUUGUGCUGGCUUUUCGAUCAGCUCAAGCGUUACUUUCGCAAAAGAAAGAUCAAGUGAAGCAAUUACUUUUCAGUCCAACGCCUCCAAGUACUUCCCAAACCGAAUUAGAGACUGCCAUAACAACUUAUUUACGUCGAACUGUCGACACAUUCGAUAUUACACCGUGUAUCGAGGAAGUCAGUACUCAGCUUUGGGCUACAUUGUACGACUAUCCUUGUUUGAAAUCAUGCACCGGGUUACUGCAGUAUAUCAAAGAUUCGGUACGAUUGGCUUGGGCUUUAAGUAACCAAACUCCUUGUUACGUAUUGGAAUACGAACAAAGAAUAUAUCGUCAAGACGUACACGUACGUUUUCAUACUUCGAAGAACGAUAAUGACCAAAUUCGUACGUACUUGUGGCCUGCGCUUUUAGAAGGUCACGGCGGAGCUUGUGUUCAUAAAGCUGUUGUACUUACGUAAUUUUCUUUAAAAUUUCGUGUCAAGUAAUUUAUUAUACCUAUAUUAUUUUGUUAAAUAAUUGUGUAUGAAUAUUUUUUUUACACUAUUGUAAUGUAUUUUUUUUUAUACGAAUACGAAUAAAAUCGAAUACAAAUUUUUA